GCUGUAAGGGGGCUGCCUCUUCCCUCGGUGUACUAACAGUCUGCUUGCACAAACGGCUGCCUGUUGACUGAUCCUGCUUGAACGCCGACACGAGAUCCAACAUGAUACCGUCAGUUACACUCAACAAUGGAGCAAAGAUGCCUAUUGUGGGUCUGGGAACAUGGAGGGCAGACCAAGGAAAGGUCACUGAGGCUGUUAAAGUGGCAAUAAGUGCUGGCUAUAGGCAUAUCGACGGCGCAUACGUGUACCAGAAUGAAGAAGAAGUUGGGGCUGGAAUUCGUGCAAUGAUUGACCAAGGAGUAGUAAAGAGGGAGGAACUAUUCAUUGUCAGUAAGUUAUGGUGCACCUUCCACAUUCCAUCUCUGGUGAGGGGAGUGUGCGAGAAGACGCUCAGUGACCUAAAACUGGACUACCUUGACCUUUACCUCAUGCAUUUCCCUAUGGGGGCCAAGCCAGGGGAUGAGCUUUUUCCUUUAGAUGACAACAGCCAGUUAAUUUCCGAUGGCAGCAACCUCUUGGACACUUGGGAGGCUAUGGAAGAGCUGGUGGAUGCAGGGCUGGUCAGAGCUAUCGGCAUCUCCAACUUCAACAAAGACCAGAUUGAAGCCAUACUCAACAAGCCAGGCCUCAAGUACAAGCCUGCAAACAACCAGAUUGAGUGCCAUCCGUACCUGACCCAGGAGAAGCUGAUCCACUACUGCCACUCAAAGGGCAUCUCAGUGACAGCUUACAGCCCCCUGGGCUCCCCCGACAGACCCUGGGCUUCAUCUGAUGAACCGUCCUUGCUGGAGGAACCUAAGAUCAAGGCCAUUGCAAACAAGUACAGCAAGACCCCAGCACAAGUCCUCAUCAGGUUCCACGUCCAGAGGAAUGUGAUUGUCGUUCCAAAGUCAGCAACACCCCAUCGAAUCAAGGAAAAUUUCCAGUUGUUUGACUUUGAGUUGAGCGAAGACGACAUGAAGACCAUGCUGAGCUUGAACCAUAAUUGGAGGGGAUUCCCCAUGCCAUGGGCUUCAAAACACAAAGACUUCCCGCUGAAUACAGAAUACUAACUCAUCAGAUCAUAUGCUCCGACAGAGCCUGAAUAAUUAUUUCUACUUACUAAUCUUGUACUGGACCAUUUUUGUAUAACGCUAGCUUCUAAAAGAAUUAAUCCAUUGGAUGUAUUGAACACAGAAUUUAAGUUGAAUUUUCACAUUCUGUUUUAUUAGGAUAUAGUCUUUGUAUGUUGACUUUAUUUAAAAUAACUGUGUGCUGCAAUACCUGAAGGCGUGUAAGCUAAGUAAUCUGUGGGUUGCAGAAGCUGAAAGUGAUCACUAUAAAUGUUAUGUAGCUACUUGAGGAGGCUGAUCAUUAUGGCAAAGUUAUAUAAGCUACAUUCUCGUAAACCCAUGCACCAGUUCAGAAAAAUGCAGAAAUUUGUCAAGAUGACUCAAAAUCAUACUAUCUACUAAUCAUCAUCAUCAUCAUACUAAUCAUAUAUUUAGUGUUUGGAAUGUUGAUUUCUUUCCUUCCUAGUCCUUCUCCAUUGAUAUGUUUAAACUUGCUUACCCUCAUAGUGUAUUUCUUAAGGUUUUAGAUAGAUGUAAAGCAAAUUCAAUUUGCCUGUCUAGAAUGUGCUACAUAAAUAAACUUCCUGUAAUGUGAA